AUGGAAAAAUUCAAGGAGAAACUUUCCCAAUUGCGUGCCGAGGUGGAAGCAGCCAACGUCCGAGCCGAUGAAGCCGAGGCAAAAGUCAAGAAGCUUGAAGAGGAACACAUUCAAAAGGAGCAUGAGACAAGCUCUCUUGAAUCCCGUGUCAAGCUAUUACAAGAGCAAUUGGAUAAGGCCGAAAGCGAUUUCAAAGAAGCAUCCGAAAAUUUCCGUGAAGCCGAUUUACGUGCCGAGCAAUUUGAAAAGAAAGCCAACAAUCUUCAACAAGAGCUCGAAAACAUGGAAUCGAAACAUGAGGAAAUGUGUGGCAAGUACCAAGCAGCCAAAGCCGAAAUGGAUGAAUUGGAACGUCAGCUUGAAGGUGUCUAG